AUGCGUUACAAGGACGAAAGCAUUGAAGAUCAUGGAACAUUACCACUCAGGGCCGACCGGUGGACAUUACAGUGUAUAGAGUAUUACCCUGGAAAGGCCAAUGUGGUGGCUGAUGCAUUAAGCCGUAGGACUGUGGCUGAUUUGAGAGCUUUCUUCACUCGACUGAGUCUUUAUGAAGCUGGGAAUCUUCUGGCAGAGCUACAAGUGAAGCUGACAUGGAUUGAGCAGAUUAAAGCUAAGCAGUUAGAGGAUAAGACUCUCGAGAUGCGAUUUUGUCGGGUUGAGACUGGGACUACUGAUGGGGAUUUGAGGCUGUCGGUUUUGAGGGAAGCGCAUAAUAGUCCGUACACUAUGCAUCCUGGUGGAAAUAAAAUGUAUAAAGAUCUCCAAGAGUUGUACUGGUGGCCAGGGUUGAAGCGUGAGGUGACUGAUUUUGUUGCUCAUUGUCUAACUUGUCAGCAAGUUAAUGCUGAGCAUCAGUUGCCUUCGUGGUUGCUACAGCUGGUUAAGAUAUCGACGUGGAAAUGGGAGUGA